AUGAGUUCGAUGGCUAAAUAUUUCCUUCGGGGACUCGCUUCUGAAGACAUUGUCGUUUCAUUGGUGAACAGGCGCCGUGUGCAAAUUCCCACUGCAAUAUGGCUUGAUGAAGCAAUGCAUCGUUCCCCGGAUAGGCUCAUGGGUUAUCCGACAACUUUAAUGCCAUUACUACAAAAGCUACGAGCUCUUGCGGAAGAUGUGAGACUCAUAUCUUCUAGUGAUAUGGCAAUCCCAUCGUCAAUCAUAGUGCCGAGUCAUUGUCGGUAUCCUGUGAAGGCGUACACCUGUAGAUCCGCUGCCCUCCUUUACCUACAUCGCCUUCUUUACCCUCCAGGAAACUCUGUGGAAGCUGACUCAACUGCCUUUGGGAUGGCUUGUGAGGUCAUGGCGCACCUUGCUGCGCCAGCUAAGGAGUUGAAGUUGUCGCUCUAG